CAGCUGUGCUUCUGCUUGGCCGAUGGGUGCCAUGAAGCUGCCCAUUGCCUGCUCCCAAUUCCUCGAGCUCUGAUUCCGGAUUUCGCUCUCGCCAUGGACGCGCCUGGCGCGGCAGAGGCAAAUGAGAGUGUCCCUCAGGACCAUCACGACUCCGACUCCAAUGCCGUUGAGAGGAGUACUUACCCGCACAGCAACCACCGCGAUCGGCCCGACCGCCUCAACGACAACGAGGAAGAACAUGACCACAAUGGGAUACGGAGUGACGGCGAUGAUGAAGACGACGAGGAAACAGAGGAGGAAGGUGAUGACGAUGAGGAGGAGGAGGAGCCCCGGCUCAAGUAUGCGUACAUGACCAAACACCUAGGGGCGGUGUAUCGCAACGGGGACGCAACAAGCUCCUUUCUCGCCGCUGGGGACAAGAUGAUAAUUGGUUCGCAUAAUGGAAACAUUCAUGUGCUAUCCGUCCCUCAAUUGCGCUCUCUUCGCGUGUAUCAUGCACACUCCGCUAGUAUUACCUCCAUCUCGGUGUCCCCGUUUCCUCCUCCAUCCCACAAUGUGAGGCCAGAGAACUUUAGUCGUGUUCCCGAGGAUCAGGAAUAUCCAGUGAGGCCCUCAUCCGGCACGGCUAGCCUGCGGAGUCGGCAUCGGCCAGGUCACCAGGCAAGUCUGCCUGUCACCCCUUCCAACUCGAUAUAUAUUGCCACAUCUUCGAUGGACGGAAAUGUCUGCGUCUCAUCCCUCGUGGAUUCCAAAGAUGUCCUCUUGCGGAAUUUUGGCCGGCCCGUUCAGGCUGUCGCGCUCUCGCCCGAGUACAAGAGCGACAGGACGUUCUUGUCCGGCGGGCGGGCAGGCGACCUGAUACUUACAGUUGGUGGAAGAGUGGGUGUGAGCACGAAUUCCACGACAAUGGGAGGUGCUGCGGCUACGGCUACAAGUUGGCUCGGGUCUUUGGGGCUUGCGGCCAAUACCGGCAAAGACACGAUUCUGCAUAGCGGAGAGGGUGCUAUCAGUACGAUCAAGUGGUCUUUGUCUGGGAAGUAUGUCGUCUGGGUCAAUGAAGAGGGUAUCAAAAUCAUGCGGUCGAACCUGUACCUCGAUUCUUCGGACGCAGAGCUUGCCUGGAAGCGGGUCAGCCACAUUGAUCGCCCCAACCGUCCCGGCUGGGAGGAGAUGGCGAGCGUCUGGAAGGCUCGUGCCGAGUGGGUGGACGAGAUCUCAUUGAAUAGUGACGACGGUCCAAACAACAAAGAGACUCCAUCCACGGCCCACUCGACUAUUGUGAGGGAGAAAGUGGAGAAGCUGGUAGUUGGCUGGGGAGGUACUGUUUGGGUCAUUGACGUGUACCCGGAUAGACCCAGCAAGAGCAACAGAGACCAGAAGAUUGGCUCUGUUGAGGUUUCGACCAUUCUGCGGACCGAUUGCGUUAUAUCUGGUAUUUCACUAUAUACACCUAGUCUUCUGGUCGUCCUUGCGUAUAUUGAGGCGGAAGAGGACGUCUCCGAAGAGCGGACCAAACUGGGAGGCCGCCGUCCGGGGACGCGCCGCCGGCCACGGGGCCUGGAGCCUGAACUGCGGAUCAUCGAUAUCGAAACCAAGGAAGAGCUGAGUGCCGAUACCCUUUCAACCAGCCGGUUCGAAACUCUGACUUCCUCGGACUACCACAUGUGUAUUUUGCCUCCUUGGAAGACAAGUGCACCGAUUUCGCAACGCGGUACGUUAGAAGCUCUCGGGAACGGUCUUUGGGAUGCAACGCUCUAUCCUGCGCGUCUGUUCAACUCAGCCGCCAGCAUUCGCAGUACAACAAGCAGUGACAAGGGUUCAAGCCGGGCACCAAGCACCUUUGCGUCCCGGAGGUUUUCAUACGAGGAGCCCCUUUCAAAAGAGAUUCAGGACAUUGCCGGAAGCGUAGGGGCUAAGAUCUUCGUCCACAGCCCGUAUGACUGUGUCGCUGCCCUGAAAAGGGACCUUACCGAUCGCCUGGCGUGGCUAGAUGCGCAUGAGCGAUACGAGGAAGCAUGGGUGCUUCUUCAGGAGCAUCCGGAAGCGGCAGGAUCGGCGGGUGACAUGAAUGACCAUGUUCUAGAGACCCCCUCGAGAUCUCAGAGUAGUAGCGUCGGCGAAUCCUUCCUCGGUGAUAGGUCCUCAAUCACGACUACUGGGCGAAAUAUUGCUUCCUCUUCUGCUGCCGAGCAAGAAAAGCGCCGUAUUGGCGAGUUAUGGAUAGAACAGCUCGUUGACGAGGACAAAUGGAAAGAGGCAGCUGAAGUUUGCGUAAAGGCAAUCGAUACCACCCGCAGAUGGGAGCACUGGGCUUGGACUUUCAUCAAGAACGACAAGCUAAACGAGAUAUCAUCUGUCAUGCCUGUUAAUCUACGUCCAAGUCUUCCUGCGAACAUCUACGAGACUGUGCUUGGACACUAUGUUGCGCACGACAGGUCAAGGUUUAGCGAGCUCAUAGACUCCUGGCCCUUCGACCUGUUUGACGUUAACAAUAUUGCGACAGAGAUCGAGGAGCAGCUGCAAUACGACUCCGUGGUCCCCGAGACAGACGACUGGCGUGUUUUGACGAAAUGUCUUGCUAAAUUGUACCUUGCAGGAGGCCAUUACGGCAAAGCACUACACUGCUAUAUCCGCCUUCAAGAUGCAGAUACGGCGAUGGCUCUGAUCAAGGACCACCGGGUGCUGGAUACGCUCACGGACGAUAUCCCCGCGUUCAUUCUGAUCCGGGUGUCCAAGGAACAGCUGAAAUCGGCGCCGAUCCCCGAACUCGAAGAGCUCACGGCUGAACCCAUCAGACUCCUAGUCAGCGAAGCAUAUACGGGCAUUGUCCGGCCUGAUAUUGUAGUCGACCAACUACAAGCCGCAAACAAGCUUCUAUACCUCUACUUCUACAUCCGGGCUCUGUGGCGCGGGGAAUCACUUCCUCAUGGUGCCGCAAAACCUCGCAGGGGCCACUUCGCACACAUUCGCGAUGCAGCCAGCAAGCUCGCAGCCGACGAAGGCAAAGCUUUGGUCGACAACUUCGCUGACACAGCCGUGGAGCUCUUCGCCGACUACGACCGUCCACUGCUGAUGGAAUUCCUCCAAACCAGCACCUCCUACUCCUUUGACAUGGCCGUUAGCAUCUGCGAAGGGCGUCACUUCACCCCAGAGCUCAUCUACCUCCUAUCAAAAACAGGCCAAACCAAACGAGCUCUCAACCUGAUCCUCUCGGACCUGAAGGAUGUCUCCCAAGCCAUUCAAUUCGCCAAAUCCCAAAAUGAGCCCGACCUCUGGGAAGACCUCCUCGACUACUCGAUGGACAAGCCUCGCUUCAUCCACGGCCUCCUCGUCGAGGCCGGAACAUCCAUCGACCCUAUCAAACUCGUGCGCCGGAUCCCAAGCGGGCUAGAAAUCGAAGGGUUGCGAGAAGGCCUCACGCGGAUGAUCCGCGAACACGACCUCCAAGCCAGUAUCAGCCAAGGGGCCGCCAAGGUCCUCCAAAGCGAAGUCGCAGUCGGCAUGGACACGCUCCGACAAGGCCAACGCCGCGGCAUCAAGUUCAACAUCGUCGAAGAGGAGAAGUCCAUCCCCAGCACGCCCACCGCCGAAGCCACCGAAAAGGACAAAGUGAAAAGCGACGCCGACACCGAGAAGACCUCCACCACUGCAAUAUCAUCUGCCUCCCAGGCAGGGAAAUGCGCAGGCUGUCAUCGGCCGUUCCGUGCCAACGAGAAGGAGAUCCUGGUCGGUUUUGCCUGUGGUCACGUCUUCCACUUAUCGCAUAUUCACGCGUCGGAUUCGUCUGCAAGUACACCUCACAGUCGAUCCGCUGUUCAGACUCCGAGACCGUUCUCGCCGACACAUACGCCGACCCUGGAUGAGCUGUCGCUGUCUACAUCCCGCACGGUCGGUCCCAAGGUGACGACUGCUCGGCUGUUGAGGGACAGGAUCGGGGAUGGCUGUCGCAUCUGCGCCCUAGCCAAGGAACUAGAGGCCAUCGGGGAUUCGGAUGCAUGAUAGUUGCACGUUGUCAGGGCACCCUCUUGUGCGGUUCGGCCAUUCUUUCUGGGUUUAUAUUACGGUAGCUUUGGCGAUAAGGCACAGUCGUCUCUGCUUCGCUGUAUGAGUCGGACGAGACUCUGUUUCUCCUGUAGAUUGAUCUCUAUGAUGUCGAUCCAGGGAGAGGAGUUUAUGAUCUAGCGUUUGUCAUUCUACCGGUGUGGGGUGGAGGAUGGACAGGUUCUACUACAUGUUCCAUAGUUCGCCUGGAUGGGUGUAUGUUUAGUCUUUAGGAGAUACCCAUGGUAGCAAUAAUUUACCGCGCAAAUGAUGUC